GCGAGAUCCGCCAGACGGACUGGAGGAGGCCUGAGGGGAGGAAGGGGAGGCCGGAGGUGACGUUGGACCCCUGCAGGCAGUGACCGGGCCUGGUGGGACAGGCUGGAGCCUGGGGCUUGGCCGGCUGGCCGGGCCCCGCGGGAGCGCCGAGGAUGGGUCCCACCCCCUGGAGCCCUGCUGCUGGUGGGCUGAGUGCUGUGCUGGUCCUGCUGGUCCUGCUGGUCCUGCUGUGUGAGCAGGGCCGUGCUGGCGAGUGCAAGGGACAGCGGCAGCUCCUGCAGCACCAGCAGCCCGGCUUCCUGACCGACGGCAGUGGCAACUACUCCGUCAACGGCAACUGCGAGUGGCUGAUCGUGGCUCCCGACAGCAGGUUCCGCAUCGUGCUGACCUUCACGUCCCUGGACACAGAGUGCACCUAUGACUACCUCUUCAUCUACGAUGGCCAGUCCUACAGCAGCCCCCUCCUCGCCAGCCUCAGCGGGAACACACUCCCAGAGCCCAUCGAAGCUCGGUCAGGGAAGAUGCUGCUUCACCUGUUCAGCGAUGCCAACUACAACCUGGAGGGCUUCAACGCCACCUACACCUUCACGCUGUGCCCGAUGGGCUGCUGGGGACGGGGGCAGUGCGAGCCGACCGGCUCCUGUGUCUGCCAGUCGGGUUGGGGCGGCACCGACUGCAGCAUCCGGAACUGCAGUGGCCUCUGUGGGCCACACGGCCGCUGUGUCACGGGUCAUCAUUGCCAUUGCCAUCCAGGGUUCAUAGGUCACAGUUGUGACCUGUCGCUCAAUGACAACCAGAGUGCUGGGAGCUGGUACAACAUCAGCAGGUCUGACCCUGAGUUUGUUGGACGCACGGCAGCCGCUGGGACCUUCCUCAACACGACCAAUUCGCUGUACAUAUUUGGUGGAUACGAUCUCAAUCAAGUUCUGGGCGACCUUCUCAGGUACAACUUCACAAGUAACCAGUGGCAACGGAGCAUCCUCGACCCUUCUCCCGCAGCCCGGCACGCUCACUGUGCAGUGGAGUGGAGGGGAGGGAUGCUGGUCUUCGGCGGGGAGCUGCGCAACGGCUUGCUGGCCAACGACGUGUGGCUGUAUGAGCCGGUGCCCGAAAGGUGGAGGCUGCUUCGUCCCCGCAGCACACAGACCCCGCCGGGACUGGCCGCACACGCAGCAGCGGUGGUGGAGCAACACCUGUACGUGUUUGGAGGACGGACCGACCAGGACUGGUUCAGUGCUGCCAUGUUCCGUUUCCAUCUGGAGCAAUGGAUCUGGGAGGAGGUGAUUCCCACCGGCGGGAAGAGCCCGGCUGCAGCCGGUCAUUCCAUGGUCUUCCAUCCUGCCUCUCGCAUGCUGCUGGUACACGGGGGUCACCGGAUCUCCCCACGGUUCAGCUACCGGACGAACGCCACUCACGCCUUCCACGUGGACCAGCGGUACUGGAGCACCUUGAAGUCCCGGCCCUCAGCAGCCGGCCCGAGGGAGCGAGCGUUCCACUCUGCCACCCUCAUCGGCAACUACAUGGUGGUGUACGGCGGAAACGUCCACAUUCACUACCAGGAGGAGAAGUGCUACGACGACAGGAUCUUCUUCUACCACCUCGGCUGCCAUCAGUGGGUGUCCGGCGAGGAGCUUGGACGGCUCACCAGCACCGGAGAUGGGUGGGAGAGCAGGUCACUGCGAGGACGGUACUCCCACGUGGCUGCCGUGAUGAAUGGCAACAUCCUGCUGACUGCGGGGGGCUUCAGCGGGAGACCCCUCGGGGACCUGGUGGCCUACAAGGUUCCCAUCUUUGUGUCCCAGGUCCUGGUGCAGAACGUGCACCUGGAUUACUGCUCGCUGUAUGGAGCAGAGACCGCCUGCAGCAAGGACCCUGACUGUGUGUGGUGUCAGGCGCGGUGCCAGAUCUACCAGGCUCACAGUGCGUGUCCCCACGUGGGCUGCCUGGGGCUGGCAAGCCUCCUGUCGGACUGCCAGUCGUGUCUGGUGUUUGGUCAGAGCCGGGCGCAGCCCCCACUGGCACCGGGGCCCUUCGGUUGGUGCGUUCAGACCCGCUCCUGCCUCCCUGCUGCAGAUCAGGCCAGGUGCCAGGUGGAGCCGGUGUCCGGAAUCCAGGGCUGGUGGGGCUCGGACACCACCUUCAUCAGCUCCCUGGAGCAGUGCCAGAAGCUGAAUUUCAUGCCCGGCCUUCACCUGGUCACGUACCUGCAACCCCGUAACCUGUCACAGCCGGACAAGGUGGAGCUGCACACCACCCCAUCCUAUGUGCAGAACCCCAGCGUGGAGCUGGAGGCGGUGAUGAUGUUCCAGGGGUUCAUCCAUCCCCUGUUCGAUGCCCCCACCCCGUCCGACAACGUGCUGGUCACCCUGCAGCUCCAGCGCCUCUACGUGGUGGCCAAGGUCGGCCGGACUGCCAACAGCCUGGAGAUGGAGGAGGUCGGACACUGGGCCGGACAGCCAGAGAAGGAGAUGCGGCUGCUGCAGAGGAACAGUGGGGACCGGCUCUUCCCAAUCCUGGAACGUGGCAACAAGUACGCGAUCCGACUGGAAGGGUCGCUGAACAACUCCGGCAACGGGCAGACCAGUGAGAUGACGUUAACAUGGGAGCGGUCCAAGGUGGUGGGAACCUCAGAGAUCUCCUUCCACUUCCUGGAGCCCUUCCGAUCAGACAACUGCGACUCCUACCUCUCCUGCCUGGCCUGCCUGUCGGACCAAGGGUGCGGCUGGUGCCCGGGGUCCGGCUCAUGCCGGCUGCGCACCUCGGGGAUGGACGGUCAGUGCGGGCGCGACCUGCAGCUGGUGCUCGUGCCAGGGGACUGCCCACUGUGUGUCGAGCACACGAACUGCCAGCCCUGCAGCGCGGACCCCCACUGCGAGUGGCACGUCAGCAGCAGCAGGAAGGGAGACUUCCAGUGCACCCGCAGAGGCAGGUCCCCCACCGGAAUCCGGGCUCCAGCUCUCUGCCCCAUGCCCUGCCACCUACGGUCGUCGUGUCGGGACUGCCUGAGCAACUCCAGCCAGUGCGCCUGGUGCCAGUCCACUCGCACCUGCUUCCUCUUCACUGCCUACCUCGCCAAAUACCCGUCCGGGGAGUGUCGGGACUGGUACGACAGUGUCCACUCGGUGAACCAGUGCAUGGACUGCUCCCACUUCUCCACCUGCAAAGACUGUCUGCAGAACUUCGAGUGCGGCUGGUGUGGAGACUCUGAUAAUCCCACCAUCGGCAGGUGCCUGCCCGGGGACUUCUCCCACCUCCGGGGUUUCGCCAGCUGCUCGGCCGCACUGCAGGGUGUGUCCAACCUGUCGGGGAGUGAGCCAGCGGACUGGUCGUACGGAGUCUGCCCCGACAUCGACGAGUGUCGGCUCCAGCUCGACAACUGCCACCGCUUCGCCAGCUGCAGGAACACCUUUGAGUCCUUCCAGUGUCACUGUGCGCAGGGCUACGCCGGGGACGGCAGCUCCCACUGCAACCGCACGUGUUACAAUGAGUGCAAACACGGCCAGUGCAGUGGGCCACCUGAUUUCUCCUGCAUCUGUGACUUGGGCUGGACCUCCAACGCCUCGUCAGUGAAUCAGACCGGAACAGAGUGCGACGUUGACUGUGGCUGCAACUUCCACAGCACCUGCGUCACCGGCAUCGGCAACUGCGACCAGUGCCAAGACUGGACCACAGGUGAGCACUGUGAGAUGUGCCGUGCCGGGAGCUACGGGAACGCGACCGGACAGGAAGGGUGCCAGCAGUGCGCCUGCAACGGGCACGGGAUUGCCUCCCUAGGACACUGCGACAGGGCGACGGGGCAGUGUCACUGCACCGACCACACCGAGGGGGCCGACUGCCGGACCUGUGUGGCCGGUUACUACGGGGACCCACGAGACGGCGGGACCUGUUACCGGGAGUGCGAUGGCCGCACCCUCCUGCACAACAUCUCCUCCUCAGCGCUGGGUUCCUUCAAGGGCAGCGGAGUCUCCAGCGCGGGCCUGGCCUACUGCCUGUGGGUGCUCUCCACCUCCGACUCCCUGGAGCCUUGCCCGGACCAGGCCACCUGCCCCAGCAUCAGCCUCACCCUCAGCCCGGACAUCCGGAUCAAGUGUGGGCAAAACUACGUCUACGUUUUCGACGGGAUCCCGAGGUUCCUCACCGACUCCCAGCCGGACAGCGCCAUCUACUCCGACCCGCACCUGAUCGGUGCGUUCUGUGGCAGCGGUCAGGACAAGCCCGUCACAGUGGAGGCUGCCUCAGGGGUCCUGACCGUUUACUUCGAGGCCAAUGUUUCCCGCCUCGCUGGGCUGCCACAGGAUGGAUUCAACGCCACCUACCGUGUCCACCAGUGCCAGGACGGGGACUGCGUGUGCCAGGACGGUGUUCCGGGACCGGGCUGCCUGUCCCAAAGGCCGUGUCCCAACAACUGCUCCCGUCACCUGCAGGCCGGCUUCUGUGAUCUGGAGUCGGGACGCUGCAUCUGUGGGGACGGAUUCGCCGGGAGAGACUGCGGAUCUCAGACACACCCAGGAAGCAUUGUGUGGGAGACGCUGUCGGAGAGCCGAGCAGAGGGAUCGGACAGCAGAAUGCCGCAGCCCCGGCUGGGACACUCAAUGGUGGAGGGUCCGGACUCCACCCUCUGGGUCUUCGGAGGCCUGUCGAUCAGAGACGGGAUGUUGAGCAGCCUGCACAGGUAUUCGGUGGCCGACCGGCGGUGGAGUCAGCAGGCCAGCGCGGGAGGCAGGGGUCCCAGUCCACGGUACUUCCACGCGGCCGCCUCCAGCCCCUCCCGCGACACCAUGUUCGUGCUGGGGGGUCUGACCCCGUCUGGGGUCACCGGCGAGUUCUGGCUGCUCGACCUGUGGACGCUAGAGUGGUGGCUGGCGGAGUCGGAGCUGAUUCCCCCUGUGGCCGGACACACCAUCACCCAGUGUCGGAACUCCUCGCUGCUCCUGAUCGGAGGUUACUCUCCACACAAUGGCUUCAACAACAAGCUGCUGGAGUACAGCAUGGACACAGGCAGCUGGAGUGUGGAGCAGCACACGGGCACCGCCCCCACAGGUCUUUACGGUCACACUGCCGUCUACCACACUCCCACCGACGCCGUCUACGUCUUUGGUGGUUACCGGUUCCACCUGGAGACCGUGUCAGCCUCCGCUGAGCUCUACAGUUUCCACCUCGGCACCCUGACCUGGAGUCUGCUCGCACCCUCCCAUGGCUCAAAGCCACUCUCCCGUAUUUUCCACGUGUCCGGCCUGCUCCACAACACGAUGGUGGUGGUGGGAGGUCGCUCCCGAGCGGGAGGAUUUCAGUGCGACGUCCUGUUUCUACAGAUCAACUGUAACAGCUGGAUCAGCCCCAACACCACAGGGGUGUCUGUGGUGGGGGAGCCGUUGGAGGGGUCCAUCGCCCACGCGGCGGUCGUGCUGAGGAACAAGCUGUACAUCUCGGGGGGGUACCGGGGGGUGGCCCUGGGCUCCCUGGUGUCCCUCUCUGCCCCGCACGACCCCUGCCUGGUCUUCACCAGCCCCGCCGACUGCAACAGCAGCAGCUGUGUGUGGUGUCGCUCCCUCCGCAACGGCAGCUGCCUGUCCACUGACGAGGCAGAGAGGUAUGGUGUGGAACCGGGCACCCCUCACUGUGACCCGUUGCCCCGCCCCUUGGAGACGUGUCGUCACCUGAAGACGUGCAGUGAGUGUCUGGCUCUGCACCCCCGGCUCACGGGGCAGGUGCAGCGCUUGAGGUGUAAGUGGUGCACCAACUGCCCAGAAGGGGCCUGCAUCAGCACCAAUUCCAGCUGCAGCAAGGAGAACGACUGCCGCAUCAACCAGCGGGAGAUUUUCAUCGCCAGCAACUGCUCCGAGAUCUCGUGCGAAGCCUCUGACUGCCAGAAGUGCACCGCCUCUGGCAAGUGUAUGUGGACCCGGCAGUUCAAACGCACAGGGGAGACCCGUCGGAUUCUCAGUGUUAACCCCGCCUACGACUGGACCUGCUUCAGCCACUCCCUCCGCAACGUCUCUCCGAUGCCGGUGGAGUCCUCCCCUCCGGAGCCCUGCCCCACCCCCUGCCACAACCUGACCAGCUGUGCCGACUGCCUGACCUCCAACGGGUCUGAUGGGGGCUGGCAGCAGUGUGUGUGGAGUCUGGCCCUGCAGCAGGUGAGGAGCCAUCCCAGCCCCUGGGGUCAUCCCCAGUGGGGGGAGUCGGGGGGAUGCGCCCGCUGCAAGGAGAACUUCCUGGGGAACCCGACGGGCGGCCGGCAGUGCUACCGGCAGAUCACAGUAGAGCAGGAGUACUGCUUCGACCCCACCUCGCAGAGCAACUGCUACCACGAGCCCAACAUCAAGAACCUGCCCGCCGGACGCACCGUCUUCUUUGCCGUGCAGCCCAAGUUCACCAACGUCGAUAUCCGCGUCACCGUGGACGUCACCUUCGGCGCCGUCGACGUCCACGUGGCCGACUUGCAUUCCGCCUUUGCCGUCACCGUCGACCCGCUGACCGGCUGGCACCGGGUGCGGCUGGCGCCCGAGAGCGAGGGCCCAGGACAGGCCCGGCGGGAGGCGCCAGGGCCCGAGCCCCUCAACGCCAGCCUGCUGCGAGAGGAGAGGGCCGAGGGACUGACCACCUACAUCACAGUGCGGAGGCAGCACACGGUGCUGGUGGUGAGGGCAGUGCGCCAGCGGCUGGUCAUCACCUACCCCUACCAGCUGCACGCCCUCAAGACCCAGCGCUUCUUCAUGGCGCUGCUGGGCGCAGGCCCCGGCGAGUCCCAGGGGCUGCUCUUCUUCCGGCAGGACCAGGCUCACAUCGACCUCUUCGUCUUCUUCAGCGUCUUCUUCUCCUGCUUUUUCCUGUUCCUGGCCGCCUGCGUCCUCCUCUGGAAGGCCAAGCAGGGGCUGGACUCCCGCCGGGAGCGCCGCCGGCACCUGCAGGAGAUGGACAAGAUGGCGAGCCGCCCCUUCGCCCGGCUGACCGUCUACCUGGAGCCCGAGGCACUGCCCGUCCCCCCUGUCCCCACUGCCGCCAACCCCCUCCACCUGCGGGCCGCCCCCGUCCGCCCGGGACCCCGGCAUGGGCGCCGGGGCGAGGCGGGGGUCCCGCCCCAGCUGCUGGCCUGCCCCCCUCCUCCCGCCCCCCACCACCACCCCCCUGCUCCCUGCUUCAGGGUGGGGCCCGUCACCCUGGAGCCCACCGACGACGGGAUGGCCGGUGUGGCCACCCUCCUCUUCCAGCUGCCCGGGGGUCUGCUGGCCCCAAACCGGGCCUGCCUGGGCUCAGCCCUAGUCAGCCUGCGCCACAACCUGCAGGACUACUGCUCGGCCGGUCAGGCAGCCGGACCCUCACGCAAGGCCGGCCUGGGGCACGACAACCUCACCAGCAUGUCCACGUGAGGGGCCGCCGGGACUCCCGGCGGUGAGGGCAGGGGGGGAGGGAGGGGAACCUGCACUCCCCUGUGUGAAUGCACCCCCCACCCUUCCCCCCCCCCCCCCCCCAGCUGGUUCUCAGUCCCCCGUGGGACGCCCAGAGAUGUCCCCGUCUCCCUCCUCCUCCCCCCUCUCCCGGAGACGUCUCCCUCCUCCUCCCCCCUCUCCUGCAGGCGGGGAGUGUGGGACUCGGACAGGAAGGCUCGCUGGUACCCGGGGUCCCUGCUCCCUGCCCCACCCCCCCCCCCCAGUCGAACUCACUUGACUCCUGGUGCACUCUGACGUGUAAAUAUUCCCGGCACUGCCUGGGCUGUGGAGCCCAGGGCACCCACACCCAACACUACACUCCCUUCCUCCCUCCCUCUCUCUCAUCACAUGUCUGUGACCGUGCUGUGCUGUGGCGGGUGAAUUGGGCUGUGGGUGGGGUGGGGGGUGGGGUGGGGUGGUUGGUGGUGGCCCUGGCUGUCGGGAGGUUGUGUCCCCAGGAGACGGCCGCAGAGGGUGCUUGGGGCAGUGUCUUGCACCCACAUAUUGGACCAGGGGAUCACAAUGCAUCGAACCAGCUACCUGUGACACCAGCAGCUGCCGAGCCCCCCCCCCCCUCCCUGGGGAGGGGGGAAACAGAUGACCAGAAAGGAAGGUUGCGGCCACAACAGGGUCUGGGAAUCCGCAGUGAGGGACUUGCCCCAGACCUUCCCACCGUCUGCAGGGCGCAGGCAGGGACAUGACACCCACCCGAGGAAACGGCUCCAACCACCCUCAAACAGCCUGAUUGGCGCCACGUCCACCAGUGGUAGCCAGAGUCAGGGGCAUUGCAUUAGGACCCUGACGUCACCUCCAUCACAACUUGGAGGCACAGAAAGAUCCAACACGGAAACAAGCUCGUGGACUUUGUAUUGAUUGUCAACCAUUGGCGGCCCGUGGUCAGUUUGACAGCUAAACCUUCACUCGUCAGGCCUCAGACUUCAAAGUGUAGCAGGAGAUAUCGUUCAAAACCUUUCCCCAUUGCCAGGGGGUCCAUAUCUUGGGAUCCCUUCUGCUGAAGGGCUGCAGCAGUUGAAGAACGUGGUCAUCACCUCCAUUUCCAGGUCCCCACACAACAGCAACGUAAACUUCCCGCCACUCUCAGGGGAUUCAAGCUUCAGAGAGUUUGCCCAGCAGACCCGCGGUUCACGUGUUAGACCUCAAGUGCGCCAGGAGGUUGUUCAGAACCUGGGGUUCAAGUGCGCCAGGAGAUUCAGAACCUUUACCCGUUGUCACAGUGGGUCGUGAUCUGGCAGUGGGGUUAAAUCCGAUCCCCCAAGCAGGUGAAGGACCACAGGUGAGAGGGGAAAGGGGACCUGAGGGGCAACUGUUUCCACCCAGAGGGUGGUGAGUCUAUGGAACGAGCUGCCAGAGGAAGUGGGUGAGGCAGGUACAACAGGAUCAUUUAAGAAGCACUUGGAUAGGUACAUUGGAGGGGUGGGGCUUGGGAUAUGGGCCAAAUGCAGGAAAUUGGGACUAGCUGGGUCAGUAUGGACUGGUUGGGCCGAAGGGACUGUAUCCGUGCCAUAUUGCUCUGUGACAAGUUUCUGUGCUGUAUACUAGCCCUCUGGCCCCGUUGAACAUAGAACAGUACACCCCAAUAUCCUUCCGUGCAUCAGUGCUCCUCAGGGUCCUGCCAUUUACUGUACACUUUCCUCUUGUAUUGGAUCCCCCCAAAGUGCAGCACCUCACGCACGUCCGGACUAAACUCCAUCUGCCACUUCUCUGCCCACACGUCCAACUGUAUAUGUGCUGCUGAAAGCUUUGAUAACCUUCCUCACUGCCCACACUCCCCCAGUUCUCAUUGUUGUCUGCAAACGUACAGAUCAGCCACUUGCACUUUUGUCUAAAUCGUGUAUAUUUAUCACCAACAACAGAGGUCCCGGCACUGAUCCCUGUGGGACACCUCUGGUCACAGACCUCCAGUCAGAAUAACACCCCUCCACCACUUCCCGCUGUCUUCAAUGGCCAGCCCUCCAGGACCACGCCUGUGGCUAGAGAGGACCUGAAGAUCUUGGUCAAGGCCCCAGCAAUCUCCUGUCUUGCUUCUCUCAAUAACCUGGGAUAGAUCCCAUCAGGCCCUGGAGACAUCCACCUUCAAGAGACCCAACACCCCCUCCCUGAUAUCAACAUGCCCUGGAAAUCAGCAGACCUGAUCUUGCUGUCCUCCAUGUCCUUGGUGAAGUACUCAUCCACAUCCUCUGGCUCCAGGCAUAAACUCCCUCCUCUAUCCUCGAGUGGUCCUACCCUCUCCCUGGUUACCCUCAUGUAUAUAUAAACUGCUGAGAUUUUCUCCCAAGGACAUUUACAGGGCCCCUUUUAGCUCUCCUGCUUCCCUGUUUGAUUUCAGCUUCCUAAACCUUUGCAUACACUUCUGUUAUGGUUUCGAGGAAAUUUGCAACCUCUCUCGUCAUCCAAGGUUCCUUGAUCCUAACACUCCUUGCGUUGAAAUAAACACACGUCAGCCCAUCAGUCCCAUUAUCCUGGCCCAGCCUGUCCUUGCGUCGACCUUCCUUCAACGCCUCCGCUCACCGACCGACAGCUCAGGUUCCCGCCCCACCGCCACGGCAGUUUAAACCCCCUGAGGUAGCACCAGCAAACGCCCCUGUCAGGACUUUGGUCAUUCCCUCUUGUACAGGUCCCAGUGACCCUGCACCUGAAGCCCUCCCUCCUGCACCAGCUCCUCAGCCACACGCUGUCUCCCUAUUCCUUGUCUCUCUCACCACUGCCAGUGGGGCAGGGUCCAGACCCACAGUGCAAAACACACCACCUCUGCAGCUUCCUUGUUACAUUGUCAGAAUGCAGAGGAGCUGCUGAGUACGCGGCUGGUGCCUCUCGUGUCCCAGGGGCAUGCCUCUGCUCAGUACACACCCGUCGCACUUUCUGUGGUCACGCAUCGAUUUUGCAGCAGAACAGAGAACACAUCUCCCAUUCACUGUUUCAUUUAAUGUCAACACCUUCAGGUGUACAGAGAGUGUCCGUCCUUUCCCUCGGAUGGGAAUCCUGUGCAGCUGGUUGGGGAGUCAUACAGGGUACAGGCACCUCAGCCCUGCUACCUACCUGAGCCAGUCCCAUUUGACCUGUUUCCCUCCAAACCUUUCCCAUCCAUAGACCUCUCCAUUAAUGGCUUUUAAAUGUCAGAAUUGUACCCGGUUCCAGCACCUCCUCUGGCAGCUCGUUCCACAUUCGCAGCACCGUCUGUGGGGAAAAACCUGCCCCUCAGGUCCCCUUUAAACCUCUGCCCUCCCCAACCCUGACCAUUCAUCCGCUCCUCGCCCCAGGGAAAUCAACCCCAGCCUCUCCUUGUAACCCAAACCCUCCAGUCCAGGGAACGCCCUGAACCUUACUGCGCCCUCUCCAGUUUAAUGACUUCCUUCCUAUAGCAGGGCGAUCAGAACUGCACACAGUUCUCCAAAUGGGGGCUCAUCACUGCCCUCUACAGCUUGCAGCACGACCUCCCACCUCCUGUACUCGGUGUCCUGCCCACUGAUACCCUGUACCUGUGUCAUUUUGUUCGUUACUGUUUGACGCUAGAAUCCCUCAAGUUACCCUGUGCUUCAACCUUCUGUAUAAGUAGCCUGACAAAUCUUAAACCAACUGUUUCUGGAGCGUGUCUCCACUGUUUGAAACUGUGCCACCAUGUCAACACUACACCCUGCUUCUCUCCUGAUCAACCGCAUCUCCGGGAUGUUUCAGCGCACCUCCCGUGGUGUAGUGCCCCUGGGGUUAUGCUCCUGUCCUGAACUCCUGACAACUGUUGUAUCUUUACAGCAAGGGGGAACCGGUUAAUCAGCUACAGCAGGGCAAGUCUGUUUACCCAGUAACACAGCCAAUGGAGGGGGAAUGCUCAGUGGGUCAGGCAGUGUCUGUGGAGGGAGAAACCAGUCAACAUUUUGGGUCGAUGACAUGGAUACAGGUCCCAGCCACGCACCAGUUUGGAGUGAGGCUGGUAAUGCGCAUUAAAACUCACGGUUAAAGGAACAAGUACAAUCAGGGGGUGUGGAGACGGGGAACAGUCAGAGAUCCGGCCCCCACCCACGAGCGAUUCCAGCACUGGGUUUUGGUCUCUGUUUUCCAGGAUGUGCAGUAUUUUUUUUAAUAAUCAAAUAAACUAUUGAAUUGUUAAAACCA